CUCGAUUCUUCCAAACACUCUUUCUAAAUCUUUGGUAGCCUUCAAACUCUCGACAUCAAUUUACAACGGGCAAAGCCAUUCUCUCGACAUAUCCAUAGUUCGACGAAGCUAAGGUAAGGUUGCAUCAAUGAAGGCACACGCCCUUAUGAUCUCACUCCCUUACCAAGGACACAUAAAUCCUUUCCUACAGUUAGCCCUCAACUUAGCCUCCAAUGGCUUCUCCAUCACUUUCGUACACACCCACCACGCCCACCAUUCGAUCUCGAAAUCCCGCCGCGCCGACCGACGGCGCAAUCGCGAUCGCGAAGACGACAAUGUCUUUGCCGCGUCGCGUGGCGCCGGUUUGGACAUAAAUUACGCCACCAUUUACGAUGGCUUCCCGUUGGAAUACGAUCGAAAUUCAAACAUGCUUGAGUUUUGGGAGCACUUGCUUUACAAGUUCCCGGAGCAUGUUGAUGAAUUUGUCGGAAAAUGGAUUUCCGAGUUGUCGUCGUCGUCGGAAAAUGAUGUGUCGCCGAUCCCAUUCUUGAUCGCCGAUACCUUCGCGACGUGGCCACGGUUGAUCGCGAAGAAGUACAAUCUCGUUAACGUCUCGUUUUGGACACAACCGGCUCUCGUGUUUGCGCUUAGUUAUCAUAUCGAUUUCUUUACUCGGAAUGGACACUCCGCUCGAUCCGGGGAUCGGGAUGCCGUAAUAGACUACAUUCCCGGAGUCGAGCCGAUGAGCGCGAAGGACUUGAUGCCGCAUCUACAAGAACCCGACGAGUCGCACAUCGUUCACAAGAUCAUCGCCAUGGCAAUAGACGAGGUGAAAAAAGCCGACUUCGUCCUACACAACACGGUGCAAGAACUCGAAGAGCACGCCUUGUCCGUCUUCGGAAAAUUAAUGCCGACGUACGCGAUAGGGCCGACCAAUUUUUUCUCGAUGAACAAUGCUUUCUCCAAUGAUCUUUUGUCCGAAACCGACUGCACUGAAUGGCUAAACUCGAAGCCACCCGGGUCGGUCCUCUACGUCUCGUUCGGAAGUCUCGUCACGAUCGGUAAAGAAGUCGUUCGAGAAACGGCGGAAGGCAUUCGACUUAGCCGGGUGAGCUUCCUUUGGGCUAUUAGGCCCGGCGCCACCGACGACGGCGAGACGAAUGCGCUACCGGCGGGUUUUCAGGACGGCGUAAAAGAUCGAGGAUUGAUCGUGCCGUGGUGCGAUCAGAGCGCUGUGCUGUCGCAUCCGGCGGUCGGCGCCUUCGUGACGCACUGUGGAUGGAAUUCAAUUUUGGAGAGCAUGUGGCACGGCGUGCCGAUGAUAUGUUAUCCUGUGCUUUAUGAUCAGCCAACGAAUCGGAAGUUAGUGGUCGACGAUUGGAAAGUCGGGAUUAAUCUCGCCGCCGGCGCCGGCGCCGCCGUCGUCGACGGCGAGGAUGUGGCGGAGAAGAUCAAGAGUGUGAUGUGUGGAGAAGCAUCGCAUGAAUUGAGAAAUAAUACUUUGAAAUUCAAGAAGAUUGUUCGAAAUGCAUUGGCUGAGGAUGGAUCAUCGAAGAGGAAUUUCGACAGAUUUGUUAAGGAUUUGAAUGAAAAAUUAAUGAAAAGUAAAAAAAUUGCAUAAAAUUGUAGGGGAUGCUCUCCUAGAAUAAAAUUGUUUACUAUUGAACUUUCUUUGUAAUAAUAAAUAUAUAUUUAUAUAUAUAUAUAUUCGGUUCGAUUAUUGUUCGAACGUAUUAAAUGCCAGUGUUCUGCUCAUUUUUUCUG